CAGAUGUUGUCAGCAAGCCUGUUUCCCCGGGGGCCGGAACCCCUCAGACUCGCCCUAUAAGUCGGCUUUUUGGGGAAUCAGCACGGCCAUCAUUGGCAAUUUGGGGGUUUGACCUCGGGAAUGAUUUCGAGAUGAUGAUGGCCAUCUCGGAACUUGGACUUGACUCUUGUGGCGGUUUCGAGGUUGUCGUCUUCAAUCCCAUCCCGUCUUUAUAUCAUGGGUAGUUUCUUGAUGCAGAUGCAAUUGUUCUUGUGGUGAGUACCAUGCAUCUUGUAUCAACAUGAAUGCACUUUCAGCGCUGCCUCGCGUUGCAGCUCGCUCUAUUCAAACCUCGGUAAAUGGACGCCACUGUGCCAGUCCUUUGUCAUCAUCAUCAUCAUCACAACAAUUAGCCCGAUGGUUCUCUAGACCACAAGCACGAAGGGUGCAUCAACGACGGAGAGCAACUACUUCCUCGGUUAACGCACUCAACACAAAAUUCGACGUGAUUGAUCACGAAUACGAUGCUGUGAUUGUAGGUGCUGGUGGUGCGGGCCUCAGGGCAGCCGUGGGGCUAGCCGAAGCUGGCCUCAAUACUGCAGUUGUCACCAAGCUCUUUCCUACACGGUCACAUACUGUUGCCGCUCAAGGAGGCAUCAACGCCGCUUUGGCCAAUAUGCAUGACGAUGACUGGCGCUGGCACAUGUAUGACACUGUAAAAGGGUCAGACUGGCUUGGCGACCAGGAUGCCAUCCAUUAUAUGUGCCGCGAAGCACCUCGAGCAGUCCGAGAACUCGAAGAAUAUGGCAUGCCCUUUAGUCGGACACAGGAAGGCACCAUCUACCAACGACCGCUAGGAGGCCAGUCCCUCAACUAUGGCAACGGCGGCCAAGCACACCGUACUGCUUGUGUGGCUGACAGGACAGGCCACUCAAUGUUGCAUACGUUGUAUGGCCAGGCACUCAAGCACGAUUGCCAGUUCUUCAUCGAAUGGUUUGCGCUAGAUCUUAUCAUGGAUGGCAAGAACUGUAUAGGAGUUUCGGCCCUGGAUAUGGAGACUGGAACGCUACAUCGAGUCUUCGCACGGAACACAAUCUUGGCCACUGGCGGUUAUGGCCGAGCCUAUUUCUCAGCUACCUCGGCUCAUACUUCGACUGGUGAUGGUCUGGCGAUGGCUGCAAGGGCAGGUUUACCAUUGCAGGACAUGGAGUUCAUACAGUUUCACCCAUCUGGAAUCUACGGAGCUGGCGUCCUCAUUUCGGAAGGUGCUCGUGGCGAAGGAGGCUAUCUCCUUAACGGCCAAGGAGAGCGCUUCAUGGAACGUUAUGCUCCGACCGCUAAAGAUCUGGCCAGUCGGGACGUUGUGAGUCGAAGCAUGAACAUGGAGAUUCGUGAAGGACGAGGAUGCGGCCCGGACAAGGAUCAUAUCUUCCUUCAAUUGUCUCAUCUGCCGAAAGACAUCCUGUUUGAGAGGUUACCAGGUAUUGCCGAGACCGCAAGCAUUUUUUCAGGCGUCGACAUUACCAAGCAACCUAUACCUGUGAUUCCGACGGUCCACUAUUGCAUGGGCGGAGUUCCGACAAAUUGGAAAGGCCAAGUUCUAGACGUCAACCCACAGACAGGUAAAGAGAAUGUUGUGGAGGGCUUGUACGCCGCUGGAGAAGUCGCUUGUGUUUCUGUACACGGCGCAAACCGCUUGGGUGCCAAUAGUCUCCUUGACAUAGUCAUCUUUGGCAGGGCGGCAGCUGGACAUAUCGCCGAGAAUAACGAAAAAGGCAUGCCAAUUUUCAGGACCGGUGGUAGCGUUGCCCCCGAGACUGGAGUCGAAGGAUUCAUUGACCUCGAGCGCUUCCGGACAGCGGACGGCACCACACUUACUGCCGAUUUGCGUUCGGACAUGCAGAAGGUCAUGCAAACCGACAUCGCUGUCUUCAGAUCCGAAGAAUCACUUUCCACCGGCCUGGGAAGACUGCAGCAGGUCGAGAAAGAUUUCAACACCAACGUUUUGGUCAAGGACAAAAGCUUGAUCUGGAAUUCUGACCUUGUGGAGACACUCGAAUUAAGGAAUCUACUUACCUGCGCAGCACAAACAGCCAAGAGUGCUCUGGAAAGAAAAGAGUCUCGAGGUGCGCAUGCGAGAGAAGACUACAAGGAGAGAGAUGACGAACAGUACAUGAAGCAUAGCUUGAGCUGGCAGCAGGACGUUGGUCAAGGUAUCGAGAUAGGGCACCGGGAUGUGGUAUUUGCGACACUGGACCAGAAUGAGUGUCAAACAGUGCCUCCGAAGAAGAGGACGUAUUAGGCUUGCCAUGCCUAUGUCGAAGUUGAUUUGAACUAUGCCUGCCUGUACAAUAGCAGCAAGGAUUGGUAUCAAGAACAGGAAGGCUAAGAUCGGAGGGUCUCGGAACGAAAUGGCUUGCUCAGGAAGCUGUUUGUUGGACGGGUGUCAAAGUCAUGAAGCAAUCGGCGUAUGCCGGUCGUAAACAAUUCUUUCGGUACCUUGAAGAAAGGCGCCGUUGUCGGCAAGGAAGCAAUCCCCAUGGAAUAUCCAGGCAACUCUGAAGUUCAUGAACGUU